CUGUAGCGGCAGCAGCAUCGGCGUCGCACGAGGGGUGACGUAGGCGCUCGCGUCUACACGAGGCACGAGCGGCUGGCACGUCCGGCGCGGGCUAGCGUUCCGAAGGAGCCUCCGCUUUUGCAGCUGUGACGACGUCAUAUGGUAGCUACGCGGCCGUGCGCGGCGCAGCAAGGAAGAGCGUGGUUGUGCGGCUAGUAUGCUUCGCAUAAAAGAAGGCCAGGCGAAGAGAGCUCGUGGAAGUCGUUGCUCGAGCGUUCAAGAAUUUGGCCUCAAGAAUCCGGUCCAGAAGAGGGUCAGCCGAGAGAGGCACCAGAGUUCUCAGAUUCCUGGUUGCAGUCCCUUGGACGUCGACCCCAAACAUGGACAGGGCAACCUUUCCCCAAAUUCCGCAUAUGCCUUUCACCUUGCUCCAACCGGCCCCAGGGGUGCCCCGCGGUUCUCCCGAUGGACGCUGUGAGGGACCACGAGGUGGCCUGCCCCUUCGCUAUUCUUCGAUGCGUCCAUCGGAGAACUUGCGGUUACAUCGCAAGGGUCACGGACAUGGCGGGGCACCUGGUGAGCGCGCAUGGCUGCCCUUAUUACCAUCUCGCAGACGAAGCACAGGCGAUCUUUUUUGACGACAUCUGCAGCAGACGUUGCUCAACCAGUACUGCUCUGCUCGUCAGAAACGACGAAGUGUUCCUGCUGGAGAUAACAAGAGAGGGCAAUUACAACAGCGAGGUGAGCCUGAAGCUGACCACAUUGAGCUCCCUUUCUAAUCCCCUGACAUAUACCAUACAAAUGUCCAAUGGAAGCUCCAGCAACUUGUGGAAAUCCACAGUACUCAUGGCUGGUCAAGCAGAUGCAGAGGACCUCAAGAUCACAGAAGAUUUUCUGAAAAGGAUGUGCGAGAAUGGCAUUUUGAGGGUGGAAGUCAAGAUCUGGGAGGAAAGACCAUUACUUAGGGCCACAAACAGAGCAAAGCGGCUCGGUUUAGCACAAGAACAUGAGCGGUUGACUGUGCCACAAGGGAAAAACGUUGUAUUCGGUGAUGAUUCCACGUUUACGACCGCUGGCGACCAGCGAGACACGGUGAACAUGCGUUCAGAAUUGAAGAUUCCUUUGCGAGAUGGAAUUCCCCCCGGAUUGCCUUGUUCUUGCGGCAAGGUCUCCUAUUUGCCUUCGUCAUGUUUCGGCAAGGACCAUCCAGUCGGGAGGUGGCCUUUGAGGCAUUCAUCCUCACCUCCAGUGUGGACAGUUUUGUUUAUAGCGUUCAGCUCCACAGCACCGCGGGCUCGAAUCUCUGGCAGUCGAAAGUGGUGGUGCCCGGUCGCGAGAACCCGCACUCGUUAAGGGUUACAGAAGAACUAGUCCGCGAUUUGACUGUGAACGGCAUUAUCAACCUAGAGAUCCAAAUCUUGACCGAAGAGUAUUAAACGAACAAGCUGCCUCAUAAAAAGUUUUCAUUGUAUUGU